AUGUCCUCAAUUUGCAUGGGCUAUCAUUUACUAAUAAUGGUCAUUGUGCUCCAGGUAGCAGUAUUCGAAGACGAAGUCGCUCUUCUUCAUGAAGUUCCACGUCGACUCGUAGUCGAAGAAGAGGAACUCGCCCUUUUCGUAUUCGGCCGUGAUCAGCCGUGGCUCGUCCAGGCGCUGGAACCAGAUUUGGUAUCGCAGGUGGAAUCGCCAGGCAAACGACUUCAGGCGGAUUGCCGCGUACGUCUGCUGGACAGUCCCCCUGAAAAAGUAGAAGAUGAAGAAGAGCGUGUCCAGGUCGAACUUCUUGUAGAACGAGGGGUCGCUGAACAUGAUUGGCGCCGACUUCGGGAAGAACGAGGGCGUCUUCACCGUCUUCCCUCGCUCCUUCCUCCCCUUCAGAACUGA